AUUAUUGUCAAAUUCUAAUUUAAUUAAACUUAUCGGGACAGAAUGUAAUUAUUGAAUUACACUAUGGGAUUCGUUAAAUUUAUACGAUUAAAAACCAACUAAUUUCCAGCAAGCCCAACAAUAUGGCCCAAACCUUAGAAAAUAUGCUGACACAUUAGAGUUGUCGUCGAAACUUGAAAGGGACUUUCCUUUUUGUGGACUUUGAGCAUUGAGGUUAAAGACAGAAACAAUCGUAUCAGUGAAAAUGGGAUUAUGGGCAUGUUUAGCAGUGAUAUCACCAUUUCCAUUUUACUACUAUCUCUGGACACAUCCUCAAAAAUGGGUUCAUCUCUGUGGAAGUGGACGUGACCCUUGCAAAGUUAUGGCUAUCGUUUCUCAUUUUAUAAAGUUGAUCCAAAUCAUAUCACUCUUGUCGGUUUCCACAUUUUCAUGGCCGCCUCCUCUUUAUUUUUGGCCCCUUUUCAUCUUUGGCCAGUUCCUUAAUUUUAGGGUUUACCAACUUUUGGGAGAAGAUGGCACUUACUAUGGUGUACGAUUUGGGAAGAAUAUCCCUUGGGUAACAGAGUUUCCUUUUGGAGUAAUAAGAGAUCCUCAGUAUGUCGGCAGCAUUUUGAGUUUGCUAGCUUGCCUCUCUUGGGUUCCUUUCUUGUAUAUUUUCUUAUGGGUAUUGGGAUAUGCAUUUAUGAUACAAAUUGAAUCCAAGGAAGAUCCAGCUACUCGUGCAAAGCCGCUUUCUUGAGUCUAGAGAAGAUACAUCUGCCAACUUGAAGGAACUAGUGCUGCUUGCUUCUGCAUUCCAGAGAUGGAAUCCUCUUUAAUAAAGUUCUUGCAUCAAUGGUUUCUUGAGUUCUUGAUUCCUUUUUUAAAAUCAGACUCAGCAAUAUUUUGGAUGAUUCUGUAAGUUUUUUUAGUUUUUCUAAAUAGCCAGCAUAGCUUUAGACCCUAUGUCUUUUAGGAUUUGAAUAAAAAAAUCCAGGCAAUAAAGAGCAAUUUUUUUUGUGUGAAUGGUUGUUGAGAACACUUGUAUGUUCUAUUUUGACACAGAAAAACUGAAUGAUUUGUCAGCUGUUUGUGCAAAAUUUUCGAA